CUCUCACACAGCCGCACACGCGCGCUGCAAGCACCGUUAUAAGCAGAUAGCGGCGUCAAUCGGAAGCACCAAAGGUUGCCCCUGAGCUGCAAGCGAUAAGCGAUAGCUACGCGCCGUCUAGUUACCCUGCGCAGUGCUGCCAGGCUGAGGCCCGAGAGCUCGAGCCGGCCCGAGAGCUCGUAAUCUCCCUAAAAGAAGUAGGACUAUACGUGCGGGAUAGGCAGCAACCGUCUCGACGCUGCGCAACACGCUGCCGCAACCAACAACCUGUUAACCGACCGCCCAGCGCGCACCACUGCCGGCUGCAGCCGCUAAGCCAUGGCCGACGACAGCUUCACCCUCCACCUUACGGCCUCGGCCCCCGCGGGCACAAAGCCCACAAAAGCCAAACCAAGGACCACGAAGAAGGAACGCCGCAAGGUCGCCGCGAAGCGCCACGCCGCCAAAGCGAGGCCGCAGCUCAAGAUCAAGCAGGGCGUCGUGGUCGCGAGGCCCGCGCCGCCGCCGCCACCGGAGGCCGCGCCGCCGCAGCCACGUCGAGCGCCGCCCGCACGACCCCAAACGACGUUCGGCACGCGCCGCGAGAGCGCGCGGGUGCCGGCCGCGCAGUACGGCGCGUUCCACUUGAGCGCCGACGAACUGGCGCGGCCGCGCCCGGCGGCGGUCCGGCCCGUCGCCGUCCAAACGACGGAUGACGGCGAGGGCUUCGCCGCCCUCGGCGUCGGCGCGGCGCUCGAGGAGGUUUGCGGCGAGGAGCGGCCGCGCGGUUUGGGGUUGAAACGCCCGACGCAAGUCCAGAAGCUGGCCUGCGCCGUGUUGCUGGAGCGGAGGGACGCGCUGGUCGUCGCGCCGACGGGAAGCGGGAAGACGCUGGCCUACGCGCUCCCGGUCGUCGCCGACCUGAUGCGCCUGGACCCCGAGGUGUCCCGGGGCGACGGGACCGUGGCCCUGGUCGUGGCGCCGACGCGCGAGCUCGGCGUGCAGAUCUCGGAGGUGUUCGACGCGCUGACGCGGCGCGUGGCCGCCGGGAGGCUCGUCGCGGGCGCGAUCACGGGCGGGGAGAAGAGGAAGGCGGAGAAGGCGAGGCUCCGGAAGGGCGUGCCCGUCCUCGUGGCCACGCCCGGGAGACUGCUGGACCACCUGCGGUCGACGGCGUGUCUGACUUACAGAAGGUUAGCCUGGGUCGUGCUGGACGAGGUCGAUCGACUCUUGGAUCUGGGCUUCGGGCCGCAGGUCGGCGACAUCAUGAAGAAGCUCACGAACGGCGCGGCGCGGCGGCCGUCCAAGGUCCUCGUGACGGCGACCGUGACCGCCCAGCUCAAGGAUCUAGCCCAGACGCACCUCCACGCGGGCUUCGCGACGGUCGAAGCCGCGAAGGACGAGGACGCGCAGGAGAGUCGCAUCGCGACGCCGGCCACGCUGUCGCAGGCGCACGCGAUCGUGACGCUGAAGCUGCGGCCGGCGGCGCUCUGCGCCAUGCUGCGCGAGUCGCGGCAGAAGACGCUGAUCUUCGUCGCGACCUGCGCGUCGUGCCAGUUCCACGCGCAGGCCUUCGCGCGCGACGAGAUGCGGGCGCGGUGGGGCGGUCUCCGACGGAGGGUCGGCGCGCUGCACGGGCGCCUCGACAAGGAAUCGAGGCGAGGCGCCUACGACGAGUUCUGCCGGCACGGCGCCGCCGUGCUCUUCGCCACGGACGUCGCGGCGCGCGGCCUCGACUUCGCGGCGGCGCAAGUCGACCGGGUCAUCCACCUGGACGCGCCGCGCGACGCCGCGAGCUACGUGCACCGCAGCGGGCGCGCGGCGCGCGCGGGCCGCGACGGGUCGUCCGUACUACUACUCCUGCCCUCCGAGCGGCCGCUGCUCGACGCGCUGCGGCUGCGCCUCCGCGCGGGCGACCCCACGCGCGCCGCCGUCGCCUCGUCGUCCUUCGGCGAGAGCGACGCGCGCGCGACGACCAAGACCCUCGAACAAGUCGUGGACGACGACGACGACCUGAAAACCUUGGCGAGGGACGCGUUCGCGGCGCAGCUCCGGGCCUACGCGGGCGGGACGCGGGACGUCGCCGACGCGGCGGAGCGCGAGCUGCUGACGCAGGCGUUUCAUGUCAGAAAGCUGCACCUGGGCCAUUGCGCGCGCGCCUUCGGCCUGAAGGAAACGCCCGCCGAGAUCUCGCGCCAGCAGAAGAAGGCCCGCGAGUCCUCGGGGAAGCGGUCGCGCGCCGAGGAGGUCAAACGCGGCUCGAAGGCGACGCGCCAGAAGAAGCGGCAGGCCCUCGGCGUGGCGGGGCGCAGGACGCAGGCGCGGUCCGUCGGGUCGACGGCGCGGCACCUGCGGGCCGCGGCGGUGAGCGAGUUCGGGGCAUAACUAUGUGUGUGUUCA